CUCCUCCUCCCUAGGCGAGCGGCGUUGCCUGUCUCUGCCCGCCAAACCCGCUCCGGGGGAUCCCUUUCAGCGCCGCCCUUCGUUGCCCAGCAGCGGGGCCAUGAUCUCCGCCCCGGUCGCGCUCUUGCGCCGCGCUGGGGGCCGCCUGCUGCUCCGCCGGGCUGGGCUCAGCCGAACCUCCUGGGCUCGCAGAUCUAUACAACUGAGAGCAGCCUUGGCCAUGGCCACGGGAGGGAAGGGCAGCCAGUCUAGCACUGCUCGUCCCACGAACCGUCUGAUCUACGAGAAGUCUCCUUACCUCCUUCAGCAUGCCCAUAACCCUGUUGACUGGUAUCCUUGGGGACAGGAAGCCUUUGAUAAAGCAAAGAGAGAAGAUAAGCUGAUAUUUCUAUCUGUUGGCUACUCGACCUGCCAUUGGUGCCACGUGAUGGAGCAGGAAUCCUUCCAGAAUGAAGAAAUUGGCCAGAUCCUGAACGACAACUUUGUGUGCAUCAAGGUGGAUCGGGAGGAGCGGCCGGAUGUCGAUAAAGUCUACAUGGCCUUUGUGCAGGCAACCAGCAGUGGUGGAGGUUGGCCCAUGAGUGUGUGGCUAACACCUGAUCUCAAACCAUUUGUAGGCGGGACCUAUUUCCCUCCCGAGGAUGGAAUUUACCAGGUUGGCUUUCGGACCGUUCUGCUUCGCAUCCUAGAGCAGUGGAAGCGGAACAAAACUAGCCUUAUGGAAAACAGCCAGAAAAUCCUGUCUGCGCUGUUAGCCAGGACUGAUGUCGGUGCUCGAGGGGAGGAAGCUCCCCCAUCUUCAAAGGAGGUGAUGAGCAGGUGCUUCCAGCAGCUGUCAGAGUCCUAUGAUGAAGAAUAUGGUGGAUUCUCGGAGUCUCCCAAAUUCCCUACUCCAGUCAACUUGAAUUUCCUCUUCUCUUACUGGGCUCUUCAUCGGUCAACUACUGAAGGGGCUCGGGCACUGCAGAUGGCCCUGCACACCCUCAAGAUGAUGGCCUAUGGCGGGGUUCAUGAUCACAUUGCCCAGGGGUUCCAUCGCUACUCCACUGACCAGCGCUGGCACGUGCCUCACUUUGAAAAGAUGCUGUACGAUCAGGGGCAGCUGGCAGCAGCCUACGCCAAGGCAUUUCAGAUAUCUGGGGAUGAAUUCUUUGCAGACAUAGUUGGAGACAUUCUGCUCUACGUUUCCCGGGAUCUGAGUGACGGGUCUGGGGGGUUCUACAGUGCAGAGGAUGCAGAUUCCUACCCCACAGUCCAGUCAACAGAGAAGCAAGAGGGUGCAUUCUGUGUGUGGACAGCUGAGGAGAUCCGGUGGAACCUGCCCGACCCCAUUGAAGGGAUCCCAGAGGAAAAGACCAUGGCAGAUGUCUUCAUGCAUCACUAUGGAGUUAAAGAGGACGGCAAUGUGAAUCCAAUGAAGGACCCUCAUAACGAGCUAAAAGGGAAAAACGUCCUGAUUGUGCAGUAUUCCCUGGAGCUCACAGCGGCCCGCUUUGGACUGCAGCUGGAGCAGCUGAAGACGCUGCUUGCUAAAGGCAAGGAGAUGCUCUCCAAGGCUCGUGGCCUGCGACCACGGCCCCACCUGGACACCAAGAUGCUGGCGUCCUGGAACGGGCUGAUGAUUUCCGGCUUUGCUCAGAGCGGGGCCAUCUUGGGCAAGCAGGAAUACACCGACAGGGCCGUACGCGCGGCUUCCUUCCUGCGGCACCACAUGUUCAGCACCGUCAGCGGGAAGCUGCUCAGAAGCUGCUACCGGGGCCAAGGAAACGCGGUGGAGAAGAGCUCCAUCCAUGGCUUCCUGGAGGACUACGUCUUCAUCAUCCAAGCGCUCUUUGACCUUUACGAGGCCUCGCUGAACCCGAGCUGGUUGGAGUGGGCUGUGCAGCUGCAGCACAAGCAAGACGAGCUCUUCUGGGAUCCAAAGGGUUUCGCCUACUUCUCCACGGAGGCUGGCGACCCUUCCUUGCUCCUGCGCAUGAAGGAUGAUCAAGACGGCGCAGAGCCCUGCCCCAACUCUAUUGCUGUCACUAACCUCCUGCGGGCAGCCAGCUACACCGGCCACAAGGAAUGGGUGAAGAAAGCGGGGCAGAUCCUGGCUGCCUUCUCAGAGAGGCUGCUGAAAAUCCCCGUGGUCCUCCCAGAGAUGGCCCGAUCUGCUGCAGCCUUCCACCAGACCCUGAAGCAGGUUGUUAUCUGUGGUGACCCAGCAGGAGAAGACACCAGAGAGCUGCUGCACUGCUAUUAUUCCACCUAUACUCCAAACAGGGUGCUGAUUCUUGCAGACGGGGACACCAAGGGGUUCCUGUACCGUCACCUUGGCUUCCUCUCCUCUCUGGAGAAGAAAGAUGGAAAAGCCACAGCUUACCUUUGCGAGAACUUUGCCUGCUCCUUGCCCGUCACCUCCAGCCAGGAGCUACGCCGCCUGCUGCUGCCCUGAGCUGCCUCCCCUGGUGGCCCUUGCGCUUCAGCGGACAUGAGAAGAGAGAGCCCUGCUUGGAGCUCGCAAUAAAGUCUCCUUUGAAUAAAGCCAGGUUGAAUAAAGCCAGGUUGGGCCCACUUCAACCCGCCUGUUUCCAUUUGAA